AUGAAGUACAUGGAAUUUCAAGAAUUAUGGCCUUAUAAUUGCCUCCUCGACGGUUAUGACCUCGGUUGCACGUAUUUGUAUGGAAAAAUCGAAGUAUAUUCAUGCAAACAAACCUCUCAAGACAAAAAGCUAACGAAGGAGAUUGAGAGUCGAAGACGAAAUAGUAGUAAUGCGUCGCCCGCAACGAUGCCCAACAAUAACAUUUCGAAUGGUAACCAUCACCUCAACAACGGCAACCAUUCAUCUUCGACACAUUCUCCCUCCUCAACGACAUCACCACAAACCAUCACUGUGCCAAGCUCCAAGGCUAUUGCCAUUUCGCCCAAGCAACAAAUCGAUAUUCUCUCUCCGCCUGCUUUGAGCCCUCCAGCCUUCUAUGACUUGACGAAUCAAUUCAACGAUGACCCCUUUGGUGAGGAGAAACGGCAAACAUUUGUUGAUUUGAUUGCCACUCUCAACAACUCGUUCCCUGAUUAUGACUUUAGAAAUGUCAAACCAGAGUUCUUUGUCAAGCUCAACCUCCAAGAUGCCAUCUUCACCAUCAACAAUUCCCUCCAUGAUUUGUAUGAAAAUGAACAAUUCAAUUCUCUGUGGUCCACCAUUAAUGAAAUUAUUGACUUGAAUCAUUGUGAGGUUUACAGUUAUGUACCGGACCAGAAUUUGGAUGACCCAUUCGCUGAUCCAUUGAGUCUGGGUGGUUCCAAGUUGUGGACUUGGAAUUACUUCUUUGUGAACCGAAAGCUGAAGCGUCUCGUUUUCUUUACAGCCUAUGGUAAAAGUAAGGCGAGUACGUUGGAGGAUGACGAACGUGAAGGCAUGAUGGUUGGAGACCAAUAUGACGAAGAAGAUUAUUUCUAUUCCAAUCCAAAGAAUGCCAAUGUGCACUAUCAAGACUAUGAGAACGAUUUUGAUGAAGAGAUGGUGGAUGAUUUUGAAGAUGUGUAG